GAGUUGCAGAAGGAAUUGACAGAGACCAUGUCAGUCAUUCCCUGGCACGUUCCAGCUGAUCAUCCCCUUCAAUAAUUCCAUCAGUCUGACUCAUGUCUUUCUUCGUUGACAUCGUCACCGAGGACUCGUUCUACGAGAACCUGACACUCGGUGUCGUUAAGCUACUCGAGGCCAGUCCAUGCGUGAGGCAUGUCAAAGUUGAAAGGAGAAGUGCGUGUGACAGAAGUGCAUUAUCGAGCUGGGAGCAGAGGCAUUGUUGCCUACUCCCUGAAGAUUUCAAGAGUUUUUAUGCAUCGAUCGAUGGAUUCUCACUCACUUGGAGUCUCGAUAUUGCGGGUGAAGAGUUUCCUAUCGGUCGUAUGGUGAUCAACGAGUUCGCAGCGCUGAAGCGGUUCGUCGGUACAAAAGAGCAGCAAGCAGAGGCUGAGAACAAGAAUCAGGAUGAUUUAUCGGAGGUUCCGUCGCAGGGUCCUCGUUGCAAGCUCUUCGAGAUCGACCAGUGCGGCCCGAGCAAAGUAUUUCUCGUCUACCACGUGAGACCAGAGGGUGACAACGAGCCAGGAAUUUGGCUGCAUUACGAGGAGAAUGGUGACACCUGGUACCACCUCUCCAAGAGCUUCACCAAGUACUUUCGCAUGAUGUUGGUGCACCUGGGGCUUCCCAUGUGGCAGUACUGCGCUCUGGGACUUCCCCUGAGCACCUGGGUAGAGCAGGCUUACUACCUCGUGGGACCUCAUCUCCUGCCGAAUACAGUUAAACCCAGGGAGAGUCUCUCUCUGAGUCUCUGGAAGGACGGACCCUCCAACACCGUCGACCCCACCAUCUUCAAGAGUCGUGACAGCAAGCAGAAGAACUCCAGGAAGAAGUGAGGAGAUGAUCAUGAUUUAAUGGAUCUUCUGGCGCUUUUUUAUCUCUCGGUUUUUAUUUUUAUUGAAACCCUUGGCCUAAUUGGCACGAAUUUCUCAGGAAGUGCCAGGAAUGCCAGGAACUGGCAUGUUAACUCUGCGGAGCGGAUCUGCCAGUUGAAUUUCUCGUGGAAUUUUGGAAUAAAUGAACAUUUAAAUUCCAUUCGCCGAGCUUUUAUCGGGAUUUUUCUUUUUCUUUUGGAUUUUCGAUGUCGAUGUUGCGGAUCUGAGGAUUGAAAACUCAACUCUCGUCACGUGCAGCUGACAGAUUGAUGUUGAGGGGCAUGCUAAGCUGUAUGCUGACUGAUUUAUUAAGCAGGCACAUUACGCAAUUGUCAAUCGAUGGAGGAAGGGUUACGACAGUGGAAAAAGAGACGUAAUGGAAUGUUUAUGGAUGCGGAGUGAGAAGCCAGGGAAAAUCGGGGGAUUAACGUCAGUCGAAAUUUUUAUACGAAUGCGUUGAUCGGGAGAGGAAAUAUUGCAGUGAUAAUUCCAAAUUAGAAGUUUUUUUCGUCGGAAUAAAAUUCAUUAAUUCGCUUUUUUAUUUUUAUUCAUCAUUUUACGAUUUUUAUAGACUGGAGGUGAACUCACCGCAGU